UUUAUAACUCGCUUUGCUGUCUAACCAAAAAAUUUACCUCCCCUUUUGUACAACACCUUUUUUGAAGCUAAUAUAUUUGGACCUUCCCUCUCUUCUCAAUGCCCACACGUUGAUACCAUGAAGCACUUCUGAAUGCUGGGGUGCUCUUGUUGGUGAUCAACCUGCCUAAACUACUCUUGCUCUCUGCACUUAAGAAGCUUCAUCACAAGUGACACUGCUCAUCACUUUUUUGGUCUUUGAAAGGCAGUGAAUCAUGCACUUUGCCAUGUUUGUUAAACCAUGAACACAUUUUCUUCUUGAAUCAAGCCCACUUGUUUUGAGUCUUUCACACCUUCUUUACUAGAAGUCUAGAACUUGUGGAAAUCCCACAUCAUGUAAUUGAUUCGUUCACCUUGACUUGAUUCUCACAAAUGGAACUGCCACUAUACUUGACCCUCUUGAGUGUUUUUAGUCCUUGAGGCUAUUCUUUCUCUUGGAAGCCAUUAGAUAAGGAAGAUCACGCAUUGACUGAAUUCUACAAAGAAAGGACCAUGGAAGAGACAUUUGUACCAUUUGAAGGAAUCAAGAAUGACCUUAGAGGAAGAUUAAGGUGUUACAAGCAAGACUGGACUGGUGGCAUAAGAGCAGGCUACAGGAUUCUGGCUCCCACCACAUAUAUAUUCUUCGCCUCAGCAAUACCAGUCAUUUCAUUUGGUGAACAACUGGAGAGAGACACUGAGGGAAUUCUGACAGCCGUGCAAACCUUAGCAUCCACUGCACUUUGUGGGAUUAUACACUCAAUCAUUGGAGGUCAACCUUUGUUGAUAUUAGGUGUUGCAGAACCAACUGUGAUUAUGUAUACAUUCAUGUUUAAUUUUGCUAAAGAGAGAUCAGGCUUGGGUCGAAAUUUGUUUCUGGCAUGGAGUGGAUGGGUAUGUGUCUGGACAUCAUUCCUGCUAAUAUUACUGGCUAUCUUAGGAGCAUGCUCUAUUAUCAAUAGGUUUACUCGUGUGGCGGGAGAAUUGUUUGGUCUACUAAUAGCAAUGCUCUUCAUGCAACAAGCUAUAAAAGGGCUAGUAGAUGAGUUUCGCAUCCCAAGUGGAGAAAAUACAAGUUUAACUGAGUUCAUACCUUCGUGGAGAUUUGCCAAUGGCAUGUUUGCUUUGGUUCUGUCAUUUGGCCUUCUGCUAACAGCAUUAAAAAGUCGGAAGGCGAGGUCAUGGCGGUAUGGGUCUGGUUCGCUUCGAAGCCUAAUAGCAGAUUAUGGUGUACCACUUAUGGUUCUAGUCUGGACAGCUGUUUCUUACAUACCAUCUGGCAGUGUUCCAAAAGGGAUCCCACGGCGCCUCUUCAGCCCAAAUCCGUGGUCACCUGGUGCGUAUGAGAAUUGGACUGUCGUUAAGGAUAUGCUAGAUGUUCCUGUUGUCUACAUAAUUGGAGCUUUCAUUCCUGCAACAAUGAUUGCAGUGCUUUACUAUUUUGACCAUAGUGUAGCAUCUCAACUAGCUCAACAGAAAGAAUUUAAUUUGAGAAAACCAUCUUCUUACCAUUAUGACUUACUUCUGUUGGGGUUUCUGACCUUAUUGUGUGGUCUUCUUGGUAUCCCUCCAUCAAAUGGAGUUAUCCCACAAUCUCCAAUGCAUACAAAGAGUUUGGCUACCCUUAAACAUCAGUUGCUUCGCAAUAGACUUGUUCAAGCAGCACGUGGAAGUAUCAGAAAAAAUGCUAGCUUGGGACAGCUGUAUGGGAAUAUGCAAGAAGCCUAUCAUCAAAUGCAGACCCCUUUGGUCUACCAGGAGGCCUCAAUUCAGGGACUAAAGGAAUUAAAAGAAUCAACCAUUCAAGCAGCUACUAGUACGGGGCAAAUGGAUGCCCCAGUUGAUGAGACAUUAUUUGAUGUUGAGAAGGAAAUAGAUGAUCUAUUGCCUGUUGAGGUGAAGGAACAGCGUGUUAGUAACUUACUUCAAGCUACAAUGGUGGGAGGAUGUGUUGCAGCCAUGCCCUUACUCAAAAUGAUACCCACCUCAGUUCUUUGGGGCUACUUUGCAUUCAUGGCCAUUGAAAAUUUACCCGGCAACCAAUUCUGGGAAAGAAUCUUAUUGCUCUUCACAGCACCUAGCAGAAGAUACAAAGUCCUUGAGGAGUACCAUGCUACUUUUGUGGAAACAGUGCCUUUCAAGUCAAUUGCAACAUUCACCAUUUUCCAAACAAUUUAUUUGCUUACAUGUUUUGGACUUACAUGGAUUCCAAUUGCCGGGGUUAUGUUUCCUAUGCUGAUCAUGCUUUUGGUUCCUGUUAGGCAGUACUUUCUGCCCAAGUUUUUCAAAGGCGCUCAUCUUCAAGACUUGGAUGCAGCAGAGUAUGAAGAGGCACCAGCUUUACCAUUUACCCUUGCUACGGAGGCAGAGCUGGGUGCUGGAGCUUCCCUUGCAGGUGAAGGAGAGAUUUUUGAUGAAGUUAUCACAAGAAGCCGUGGUGAGUUUAAGCAUGUAAGUAGUCCUAAGAUCACAAGCUCCACAGCAACACCAUCAAAUGACCGCAAAAGCUUUCAGAGCCCACGUGCCUCGUAUAGUCCUCGUGUUGGUGAACUAAAAGGGGAGCUAAGUCCUCGGUCUAGUGGAAGAGGACCACAUAGUCCAAGGACACCACAAUCACAUACUCCAAAGAGUGAAGGGAAAUCAUCUAAUUUAGGGAAGAGUCCUCUUAACACAGAAACAAAAUAGGAGGAAGAAUAGACCUGUCUAAUAUCUAUGCCUUUGUAAGAAGUUUUCAAUUGUUUGUUCAAUUUUCUUUCUUCAUUCUGAUGUGCUGUUUUGGUUGGCAUUGUAAAGUAUUCCUUCUUUCUGUUUUCCUUCUUCUAGAGUAGACAUAUAACCAUAGCCUUGUGCCACUUUCUUGUAACAGAUAUAAUAGUGAAUGUUGUUGUAUUUGAGUGUA